AUUCACUAGUUAGAUUAAAGUACCUAGAGCCAAAAAUAAAAAUCCCAGCGGAAGGUAUUCUUGUUCUCAGCUAUGGCGUCGUCCUCUGAACAACCAGAUUCUUCAGAUUUGAGAUCCGAGGAUUAUCUUGAACUUCAAAAUCCGCGUGAAGAAGCGCCUUAUACACAGUAUUACAAAGAUUUGGAUGGCGAAGAAGCACUUGACCUAUUUACAUUCAGUAACAGCAAAGUGUACAGCACCGUAGUACAAAAUACAGGUGGACUACAAGAUUACCUGGAGAGACAAAAACGAGUAGAUCAGAUACGACAAAGCCGGUUGAAAUUUCCGAGUUUCCGAAAGAUUUCACACGUUGAACCUCCCAUCCCGGACGGAAUUUCCAUACAUCAUUUGAAUUCUGCCGCCCUACUUGAAAAGCUGGGAUUCUACAAUAUCAAUGUCGAUAAAAGCAAAGCACUGGAAUUACCGACUGUUUAUUUUCGACCCGACUCACAGAAAGAUGCAUUGAUUCGUGGAAAACUUACCUUUAAUUCUAAAUCUUUCCAAGUGCACUACGAUAUGGACGAGACUGAUUUGUUUUUCCUAAAUUGGGUUAACGAAAUAUCAAAGCAGGAAAUUUCCAUGGAGCAGUUUGAGAUAAUAAUAUCAUUCUUUGAGACUAAAAUAUACCAGAUCGAGAGAAUCUUACCGCCUACGAUAAAAGACCGUUUGACGAUAGAUUACCAACAACAACAGCAUGCACUAUUAUAUGGCUCAGACGAUGGAACUGGAUGUGCUCAUCAGGAUGAGCAAGCAUGUGCUGUCUGUGACUCGAGUGAUUGUGACAACUCAAACUCAAUAGUAUUUUGUGACGGAUGCGACAUUGCCGUUCACCAGGAUUGCUACGGCGUCUCUUUUAUUCCAGAAGGCCCUUGGCUUUGUCGUCGGUGCCUAAUAGCACGCAAUACUACUGAAAAAUGCAUAUUUUGUCCCUCCAUCACUGGUGCAUUUAAACAAACCGAUGGAGGAGACUGGGCGCAUGUCCUGUGCACUUUAUGGACCCCAGUAUUAUACUUUGCAAACCCAAUUUAUAUGGAACCCAUAGAGGGGAUUGAAAACAUACCCAAAAGUAGAUGGAAAUUGGUCUGCUACAUUUGCAAACAAAAAGUCGGUGUCUGCAUUCAGUGUUCAAGGCCCACAUGCUUUGCUGCAUACCAUGUAACAUGCGCCAAAAGGGCUGGCUUAUAUAUGAAAAUGAAGAAAAGCAUAAAGGUCGCCAUCAACGAUAAAAGUACCUUGGUCAGUUUUUGUGACAAACAUACGCCCCAUGAUUGGGCGUCAACUCAUGAUGUAAAAAAGGGUAUUGAUAAAACUAGACUUUAUUUUCAUGAUAAAAGAAGUCAUACGUUUGAUGAACAUGCCAACAGUGAUUUGACUCUAGUCACUGAAGCAGAGUAUAAAGAGCUUAUGCUGGUAAAGUCACAAAAGUUUGCAUGGAGGCUUAACUCAAAUAUUUAUGUUAUACCCUCUAUUGUCAUAGAAGAGUUGAUCCAGUUUCAUCAUGAAAAUAAGCUUCCAAAUAUUUCAAAGUUGACCUUGAACCAAUUUGCAAAAUAUUUUACCCUCAAAAGGCAGUUUAUGGGCAAGCCCUUAAUCAAGAGGCCAGACGUUUUCAAUCAGGCGUCACUGCCAGAACAAGAGCUUGAGAAUCGUGAUAAUGCAGUAGAAUUCUUUUCGCAAGAUGUGAGAAAAUUGUCGGAACUGACUAAACUGAUUGCUAAGCGUUCAAAAGCAGAUAAAGUUCUUAUUGAAAACAAGCUAGAAACUGCAGCCAUUUUCAGCCAACCAAAGAAAUGGGUGUUUUGCAAUUUGCUGCUUUUUUUCAAAACUCAUUUUGCAAGCCACCAUCAAACUCCACUUCCAAAAUAUGCGGUCAAACCGACGAUUUAUCAGAUUAUAGAAAAGUGUGAUGAUGGAGAAUACAAAGAGGUGGAAACUUUGAUUUACGAGAUUGAAAAGUUUUCAGCAUGGCUUACAAACUUGAAUCUUCAUCCAAACUCUCCACUACUGGAGUUACAAAAGCUUUUCAAAGGAUGGCAAAGAUACAAAAAAGUGAAAUAUCAGAAUGCGAGAGAGUAUGAUAGAAUGAUUACUGAUAGCUGGAAUACACUCAAGGAAGAAUUUAGUACUGAUAAUGGCAUAGAUAUUAAAGUCAAUAAAUCAAAUGAGGACGAUAGUACUGCUAUUACUUCUACCACUCCUGCUAAAAUUCAAUUCAAGGGAAAUACAGAAAUGAAAAGACUGGGAAUUGAUAUAUCCAACUUUUUAGAGAAUGAUGGAGUUGUUGGACGACAUCUCCGUAAAAGGAAGGUUUCAAUGGAAAAACAUGAGGGUGAUGAUGCUAUUGCAGGUGGUGUUUUGAAGGCUAGGCUGAAUAGAGUGAAGUUGCGGACCAAUGUCCAAAAUCUGCGUAAAAGUACUAGAUUAAGGAAAAAGUAACCUAGUCUGUACGAUACAAUACGGUAUACACACAACUUGUAAUUUUUCA